UAAAGCUGUCCGUUUUGACGUGAUGUUUUGAGCAGGCGCAGAAAUUCCUCCGGACUGGGCUGUGCUGUGGAGACCCGGAGCUACCCGAUCGGUCCGAGAUGGCAGAGGUGGAGGAGACACUGAAGCGACUUCAGAGCCAGAAAGGAGUGCAGGGAAUCAUCGUGGUGAACACAGAAGGCAUCCCCAUCAAGAGCACCAUGGACAACCCCACCACCACACAGUACGCCAGCCUCAUGCACAACUUCAUCUUGAAGGCCCGGAGCACCGUGCGUGAAAUUGACCCCCAGAACGACCUCACCUUCCUUCGAAUUCGCUCCAAGAAAAAUGAAAUUAUGGUUGCCCCGGAUAAAGACUAUUUCCUGAUUGUGAUUCAGAAUCCAACUGAAUAAGCCGCUCUCUUGUGCUCCACGCAUCAGUCCUCCAUUCAGUGUCCCCAAGGAUAAUAAUAGUGUUAAUCAUGUCAACUGACUGGCAGGUAGAAAUCACCUGAGAGCCCAUGCAGACCAAUCAAGUGGCCACGGUGGGCUGCAGCUCCACCCCAUCCCACCAGAGUCAUCCCCCUGCUGGCCGGCCCCCCCGAGUUCCCAGGAGGGCCCUCUUGCCUCAAGUCCAGGUUUUGGAGCAAGAGCUUGUGAGAGGCCCACACCCCACUUCCUUCUAACCUUCAGUCCACUUUGUUGCCCUCGGAAAAGGCUGUUUUUCUUUGACUAAAAAUAACUGAAACUGGC